ACUGAAUGAAAACCCCAGAUGAGUUUCGAGAUUCUAUUAAUCAAAGGUCACAACACCACAUACUCCUAUAAAUACUCAUCUCCUUUCUUCAUUUCCAUACUAACUACCAAUUUACUUGUUUUUUGUUAUUACUCAACAAAAUGGCUACAGUGCAUGUAGAAUCGUUCCACCUCAACAAAGUUCGAAUAAAGACCACUGUCACAGAUAUAAGCAAAAAGAAAGUUGUUGAUGACCAUAUAUCUUCAUUCAUACGUACUUUGAAUAAGAAAAGAGUCAAGGUUAUUGGGUUUGAUAUCCAAUUUGUUCCAACCACAAACAGAGUAAAUGGGACCUUUGAUUUGCAAUGUGCAGUAUUGCAUCUUUGUGAUGGAUUUUCGUGUCUUAUUAUUCAUCUUACUUGUAGAGAAUUGUUUUGGGAAUCCAAAUCCUUUCCAUCGUUAGUUAAUUUUCUUUCGUCGCCGGAUUAUACCUUUGUGGGUGUUGGCAUUAAGGAUAAUUUGCCAAAGUUAAAAAAGUACUAUGGGUUUGGAUGCAGAAAUGCUGUUGAACUUGGACCCUUGGCUGCUAAUUUCAUGAAAAUGCCUCGUUUGGAAUUUUGUGGCGUUGAUGAAUUAGCUUUUGUGGUUAAUAAGCUUGAUUUGAAGAAGCACAGGCCAUUGAACAUGGAUUUUUAUUGGGGUUUCGAUUCACAUAACACUGAACUUGUUAAAUUUGUUACUGUUAAUGUUUACUCAUUUUACAAGAUUGGGAGCACUUUACUUGGAAGCGAAACAUUAACCCCAAAUUAUCCGCGUUUUGGUUGGUUUCGUCGUAGGUUUUUUAUUUAUUUUUUUGGUCUAGCGUCGGUGAGUUGUUUAAUUGAUUGUCUUAAGAAGAUGCCAAGAGUUUAAAGUUUGGCAAAAGAUUUUUUAUAGGGUAUUAUUUAGAUGGUUUUAGUAUUUUGUUUUUAAAUUUUAGUUUUCGUAGUUUGAGUAUUGAUCAAUGGAAUGUUGAAGAUGAUUUGUUGAAGUUUAUA